UCUCUUGUCUCUCUUUCCAGUUCUGGCAUAAAGCAUGUUUCCACUGCGAGACCUGCAAGAUGACCCUAAACAUGAAAAACUACAAGGGCUACGAGAAGAAGCCGUAUUGCAACGCAUUCGCUACAAGGAGGAGUUUGAGAAGAACAAGGGGAAAGGCUUUAGCGUGGUGGCUGACACCCCGGAGCUGCAGAGAAUCAAAAAGACUCAGGAUCAGAUCAGCAACAUAAAAUACCACGAAGAGUUCGAGAGGAGCAGGAUGGGCCCGAGCCCCAGCGAGGGUGCUGAGCUGGAGCGCAGGAACUCCCAGGAGAGCACCAAUUACCGGCGACCCGCAGAGCAGCAGCAUCAGCCGUCUCACCACGUCCAACCCAGCAACCCGGGCUACCAGCAGCCAUCGUCUCAGUCCUACGGCUACAAGGAGCCUGCAGCACCGGCCUCGACACAGCGCAACGCUCCUUCUGGAGGGGGGAAGCGUUUCCGCGCCGUCUACGAUUACAACGCGGCCGACGAGGACGAGGUCUCCUUCCAGGACGGCGACACCAUCAUCAACGUGCAGCAGAUCGACGACGGGUGGAUGUACGGCACGGUGGAGCGCACGGGCGACACGGGCAUGCUCCCCGCCAACUACGUGGAGGCCAUCUGAGCGGCGGGAGGGGACGGGGCCCGUGGCUCACAGCCGAGCCCCCAGCCCACACCGGCCCCCCCCUCCGUGUCUGUGUGCGUGUCCGUCUCUCUGUCCCAGCAUCCCUUAUCCCGCCCGCUCCGGCAUCGCCCGCCGGAGCCGCGUCCUGACACCCCGGUUACUCCGUGUUUCUGCAGCCCUCUCCGGUUUCUCUUGCCAAUUUAGCUUUGUUCUAGCUCUGUCGGGACCGAGGGACUGUCUGCAAGGGAUGUUGGGGGCUUGAGAGACCAAACCGCUGCAGCUUUCCCUCUCCGUCGGUCUCCCUCCUCUCCAGCCCUCCCGGGCGCUCCGAUGUUUCCCGGGACCCCAGUAAAGGGGGGAGGAGAUCGUCUUAGGACCAAAUUCCCCCCGCUCUGGCGGGGAUGGGCAAUGUCUGGGUGGACGAGGUGGGGGAUGCUCGUCCCAAGGGCUGCCCUGGGCUGACGGGAGGGACGGGCUGGCAGCCUCCACCCUGCCCCGCUCGGGCUCUGGCUUGUCCCGUUGCUUUUCCCGGCUCCUCUGUGCCGUGUUUCCAUUCAGUCUUCGCUCCCUUCAGUCCUCAAAACAGAAAAACGUUCGCAAUUAAAAUCUGAAGCUAAAUCUUAAGCUAAAUCUUUCUCCCUGGGAUUCAGAGCGGCUGCUCUGGACAGGCCUGGAGGCAGCUCUUGCUGCUUCUGCCUGCGGCUCUGGCUUCUUCCUUCGGCCUUCCCGAUCCCUCCGGGGCUGAGCCGGGGCGGUGCUGGUGCGGGAAGCGGAGCAGCCGCAGCGUUGCUUCGCCCAGAGGCUGCUGCUCCCGCUCGAGGGCUGGAGACGGGCCGGGCUCCCCGCUCCUCUGCGCUGGGGGGGGAGCACUGUGACACCAAGACCUCAAGUCCCCCCUGCAGCUCCAGCUGUCUUUAGGGAUCCCCUGGGCCCCACCUGCCGGGGCAGCCUCUUCCUCUUAGUGCUUGCUCCCCAAAUUCACCCAGAAUCUUCCUCAUUUUCUCUUGCUGCUGCUGGGCUGAAGGGACCCUCCUGAGGCCUCCACCGGCUGGGUGGAUGGUCUGGGGAGCCGGCAGGAUCAGCCCCCAUCCCUGUGCCUCUUCUGAGCCGCGUGUGAAAGAUCCUCCCCCUCUGCCACCACGCUAGGGACCGUCCUGGGUGACUGUCCCCUCUGGCAGCUCGGUCUCGAGUGGCAGAGGCCGGGGUUUGGCACCCCGAAGCACCCUGCACCUCUUGUUGGUCCCCAGCAAGACACGGGAUCACGUCGUGGACCAAAAUCUGACAGCACAUCCCUGUCCCCUUCUUGCUUGGGCUCCAGAGGUCCCAGAGCUGGACAGGGACAGGUAUAACUGGAAGCCUGUGCGGGGAGGGUGGGAGCAGGAUGCUCUUCUCCCAGGUCACAGAAGCCGAAGGGGCGGUGGUGAUGCCGUCGUGCUGCCGCCAGCUCUGCGCUGCCCCAUGCCCACUGACAGCCCCGGCCCUGCCCGGCCCACGGGCACGGGGCAGCCGGAGGGGACUGUCCCCUUGGCGGGCAGCUCAGGGCUUGGGCUGCGCUUCCAAGGGGAAGCUGCUGCUUUUGCUAUUCCCAAAGGAAAAGAGGGAAUUUAGGGACCAAAGUGGCCAAGUUGAUCCAUUCCUUGGCUCUGGGGACACAUCCUGGGGGAUGGUCUCAUGGAGAGGGAGAGGAUCCCACUGCCUCGUGCUUGCAGUCCCCUUUCUCAGAGCACGCGGGGCUGCAGGGCUGGUUCGUGGGUGAUGCUGGGGUCGGGGUGACCAGAGUCGGGGGCUGCUGGAGCAGAUGCUGUUCUGGCAGGGAGGGGGUUCCAGCAGGGCAGAGACCCGCUGGGAGGGCAGGAGCCAGGGACAGGGGAGCGUUCUGCUCCUGGCUUGUUCCCCAGUUGGCUGCAACGGGAUGGGGGGAGAGCGAUGGGGACUCCUGCCACCGUCAUCCCCUCGGGGUGAAAACGGGACCCCAGAAGCUGCCAGGAUGGGCUUUACGGGAUGGGAAUCCCGUUUGGUGCUAAAACAAGCGAGCACAAGAGCAGGGGAGAGGGGGUGGCUGGGCAGGGGGGGCAGUCCACAUCUCCCUGCUAAUCCUCUUCUUAAUCACGUUCUUGUCUGGGAUUUGGGGGGAGUAUCAAUGUGAAUAAACCGUUUUUUAAUGGACCAAAUAACACAGGCAAUUACGUUUUGGUAUAUGGACCUUUUUUUAAUGCUACCUUGAAACCAUUGUCCUAAUUCUCCCCUCCCACGCCCUGCCUCUUCUCCCCUGCCAUGGGAAACAAACCUCUUACUGCUUGAUUUAUGCCUUUUCUCUCGACUUAUGCACUUUUUUGCCUUUUUUUCAUAGCUGAAAAGCACCUAAACCUGUAUUUAAAAUAAAUAAAUAAAUAAAAUAGUAAAAAAAAAAAAGGAAAAAUUAAAAGCUAAAUUGCUUUUCAUCAUGUGUAAAAUAGACCUCGUCCAUCCCAGCUUCCCCGGUUGCGUCUCAGUGCUGAGCUUAGAACGUGUUUUCUUCUGGAUCCGUUGCUUGAUUAUGUACUCCUUCCCAUCGGGUUGAGCACCACCAAUAAAAAACGUUAUUUGGCCUUUUUAACCGAACCAUCGAAUGGAACAAACCAACCGAUUCUCUUCCCGGUUUACUCGAAUUAAAAAUAAAAGUAUAAUUUUUACCUGCC